UCUCUACCCCUCCCUCUCUUAGUUUCUCCCUCCUUCCCUCUUCCGUCCUCCCUCCUCCCUUAUUCUGUCUUAAACCCACACCCUUAUGCAGACCUACAUGUGCAGACACCCGAAGACACUCGCUGCCUUGUCUACCUCCAUCUCUUUCCAUCCAAGCCCCGGCGGAUUAGAGCACACUACUGUGUGUAACAAAGCAACAAUGUCUGACAAACCUGACCUGACAGAGAUCGCCUGUUUCGACAAGACCAAACUGAAGAAGACUGAGACGAAAGAGAAGAACCCCCUGCCAACCAAAGAGACCAUUGAACAGGAAAGGAAAGGGGAUGCCACGCCUUGAUGUGACUUGGUGAAGAAGAGGAGAAGAGGAGGAGAGGGAAACAGGAGAGGAGACAGAGAUGCCACCAACAAAAUCCCUUUGUUUUGUCUGUCUGUCAGUAUUCUACUUUAAGUCACGUUGUGUUGUAUAACAAGGUGCUGUAGUGCCCCAGGAGAUGCAGUAGUGGAGGAGGAUACAUGGGAUGUAUUCCAAAUGGCACCUUAUUCCCUAUAUAGUGCAAUACUUUUGACCUGGUCCACUAUAUAGGGAAUAUGGUGCCAUUUGAGACACAGAAUGCCAUCUUCACAGGGCUCUAUCUUUCAUUAGGAGAAUAGAGUUGUAACAUGGAUACCAGGAUGGUUCUGUUUUAAAUAACAAGUAUUGGGCCAGAAACCCUCCACCCUCUAGACUUCACCCCUUUACUCCCUAAGCCUCUACACCCUAGCCUUUACUCCUUUACUCCCUAGCCCCUACACCCUAGCCUUUACUCCCUUACUCCCUAGCCUCUAACCCCCUUACUCCCUAGCCCCUACACCCUAGCCUUUACUCACUUACUCCCUAGCCUCUAACCACCUUACGCCCUAGCUCCUACAUCCUAGCCUCUAACCACCCUAUGCCCUAGCUCCUACACCCUAGCCUCUAACCACCCUAUGCCCUAGCUCCUACACCCUAGCCUCUAACCACCCUACGCCCUAGCUCCUACAUCCUAGCCUCUAACCACCCUAUGCCCUAGCUCCUACAUCCUAGCCUUUACUCACUUACACCCUAGCCUCUAACCACCCUACGCCCUAGCUCCUACAUCCUAGACUCUAACCACCCUACGCCCUAGCUCCUACACCCUAGCCUCUAACCACCCUACGCCCUAGCUCCUACAUCCUAGCCUCUAACCACCCUACGCCCUAUCUCCUACACCCUAGCCUCUAAUCACCCUACGCCCUAGCUCCUACAUCCUAGCCUCUAACCACCCUACGCCCUAGCUCCUACACCCUAGCCUCUAACCACCCUACGCCCUAGCUCCUACAUCCUAGCCUCUAACCACCCUAUGCCCUAGCUCCUACAUCCUAGCCUUUACUCACUUACACCCUAGCCUCUAACCACCCUACGCCCUAGCUCCUACAUCCUAGCCUCUAACCACCCUACGCCCUAGCUCCUACACCCUAGCCUCUAACCACCCUACGCCCUAGCUCCUACACCCUAGCCUCUAACCACCCUACGCCCUAGCUCCUACAUCCUAGCCUCUAACCACCCUACGCCCUAUCUCCUACACCCUAGCCUCUAACCACCCUACGCCCUAGCUCCUACAUCCUAGCCUCUAACCACCCUACGCCCUAGCUCCUACACCCUAGCCUCUAACCACCUUACUCCCCAGCCCUUAUUUCCUAACGCACACCCAUCCAAACCACUCAGAAGUACCAAGGGUAGGGGCUAAGGGCUAGGGGUUUGUUUCUUAAUCAGUCAGUUUUGUUGUUGAACACAAACCAAGUCAAGCAUCCAGGCUAAGAGAGGAAGGUGGGGGAUUAUUGAGGUGUUUUCACAUUUCACUUUAUACUUUUCUUUAUGAAAUAAAGACAAAAUGCUAUAAUACAAAA